AUGGACGCCAACGCCGAUGCCCGCUCCUCGUCCUCGCCCAUGCACAUCGUCAUCUUCCCGUGGCUCGCGUUCGGGCACAUGAUCCCCUUGCUGGAGCUUGCAGAGCGCCUGGUGGCGCGCGGCCACCGCGUCUCCUUCGUCUCCACGCCGCGCAACCUCAGCCGGCUCCGGCCGGUCGUCGGCGUCCACUUCGUCGCCCUGCCGCUGCCCCGCGUGGACGGCCUCCCGGAGGGAGCCGAGGCCACCUCCGACCUCCCGCCCAGUCCCGGCAACCUGGCCGAGCUUCUACUCAAGGCCGCCGACGGCCUCGUCGGCCCAUUCUCCGCCUUCCUCGACGAGGGCAAGAAGCCAGAUUGGCUCGUCCUCGACAACCUCCACUACCUGGCAGCGGCCGCCGCCGCCGACCGAGGCGUGCCGUCCGUGAUGUUCCUCCCCUUCGCCGCCGCGUCGACCGCGCUCUGGGGCGUGCCGCGUGUGUCCACGGUGGUGGACCCAGAGCUAGGGGCGACCGUGCCCCAGCGCUUCGUGCUAACCUACCAGUGCUGCAAGAUCGUCGCCCAGCGGUGCUGCGUGGAGUUCGACCCCGAGGCCGUGCCUCUGCUGCCGGGCGUCCUGGGCAAGCCGUUCGCCCCUAUGGGCCUGCUGCCGCCGCCGCCUCUGAGGGCGAGUUCGAAUAAUGAAGGUGACGAGCUCGUGUCAUGGCUGGACCGGCAUCCGGCAAAAUCCGUCGUCUACGUCGCGCUGGGAACCGAAGCGCCGCUGACCACCGAGCUGGUGCACGAGCUGGCCAUCGGCCUGGAGCUCGCCGGUACGCCGUUCCUGUGGGCUCUGAGGAAGGUCGGCGACCAAGACGUUCUUCCUCCGGGCUUCGAGGAGCGCAUCAAGGGCCGCGGCCUCGUGGCGAUGGGGAUGGUUCCGCAGACCAGGGUGCUAGCGCACGGCUCCGUGGGCGCGUUCCUCACGCACAGCGGGCCGGGCUCCGCCAUCGAGGGGAUCCAGUAUGGGCAUCCCCUCGUCAUGCUGCCCUUCUUCGGAGACCAACAGACGGGGGCUCAGUUCAUGGAGAGGAAGAAGGUCGGUCUGCGGGUGCCGAGGAACGGGGAGGAUGGACUGUCUUUUGACCGGCAAGGCGUCGCGUCCACGGUCCGGGCCGUCGUGGUGGACGAGCAAGCAGGACGCGUCUUCGCCGCCAAUGCCAACAAGUGGCAGCAGGUUGUCGCGGACACUGCCUGCCAUGAGAGGUACAUCGAUGAGUUCGUUCAGCAACUCCGAUUCUACAAGGACCAGUGA